ACGAAGGCCAAAACAUUCGAAUAUGACAUGGCUAACGCUAUAACAUUUCUGGAAUCACAGAGAAUGUACAAGACUCUACUAGACCGAUAUAAUCCUCUGAUCGACCUCACAGGCGAGGAACGUAUAGAAGCUACCGCUCGUCGCGUUGGAUUCAACAUGCCUAUCACUGCCAAGGACGAUGGCAAAUCAGAAUAG